AUGGAGAGAGAAAUCGAAGAACACAAAUCUGCCCAGGAGGGAUCUGUCACUGCAAAGACCCCUGAUGACUCAAUUACCAUCCCUAUUCAUUCCGUUAAAGCUAAGCUCUAUCUAAACCGGCCUAUCGAGGAGCUUAUUCCUUCUGAAUACUUGAAAAAAGCAGACGAGUCACCCGUCCCUGGCAUCAUCCCCUGGGUCUUCCGUGCUGGAAGCCAGGAUGGAAGGGCUAAAGAUUUGGAUUUCUGGCCCGAUAAGGAUCCUUACUUCAUGAAUCUUUACAAGGCUCUGAAAGAAGCUCCUGCUUUUGAACGUUCAUUCUACGAGGCUGGUAGUGAGUAUGACGAGGAACAAAUUCCCGAAGAGGAGUUCUACAUGCAGGGGUCUGCUAUGCAUGAAUAUCUCGAAGAGCUUUUCGACAUGUUGUUGGGAAAGGAUAGGGAGACAGCCAAGACAUUGUUGUGUCAUCUGAGCCACAAACGUUGCAUCUCCGCAGACAUGGCCUACCUAACCGGCUACCAGGACAGGCACUACGACGCUCCUACUCCGAGCGGUUUCAUUGCCUUGCAAAUGAACCACAGGCCUAAACGCUCGCCUCACUAUAUCGUUCCUAUCUCCAUCACCCAAGACCCCGAACCUAUCCUCUCCGCUAUAUCCGGAAAGCUCAAAAUGAUGCUGACCCAGCUGUACCUCAACCUCAAGGCUCAUAGAAACUGCAAAGCCGAUCAACUGCCUGAUCAGGAAGUGUUUCUUCUCGGCAUGCACGGAUCCCGUCUUCAUAUCUUCCGUGCUUUAUUCCCCGGCAUCAAGUCCUCUGUCGUCUGGUGCGGGAGAAGUUCUGGAAAAGUCCUCACUGAAGCUGGCACAUCUACUGCCCAGACAUCCACUGGGUCCGCUAGCACGGGAACUGACCUUGAUGGUGAACCUGAUCUACGCACGUUCCGUGUGGUAGCUACGCAUGAAUAUGAUCUUUGGGACCGAUCUGAUUUCCACGCUGCGACUAGGGCACUCGUCGCGCUGUUCAUGUAUAUGCUGAGCAGUGAAGCUAAGAUCGGGCCUAUUGAGGCGAUGUUUGAGCUUUUCCCGCCGCGGUUGAAUGUACGUGCGGAGAAGACCGGGGAGAAGAAGGAGGAAGCGAUCGCAGAACAGGUGUGUGAGGAAUACAAUGAAGAAACGGAGGAUGAAGCGGAGAGCGCGGAGCAAUUGCAGCACGGAGGCUGGUGGGGGCUUGGGGAUGGAUACGGGGAUUUCGAUCUGUUUGCAGACUAUGGGGAUGAAAGCGCUAGUUUGUAG